UCAUACAAGAAAAUUAAAUCCAAUAUGGCCGACGAUGUGAAUGAAUGUGCGAUUUUCAACAUUUCAUUUCACUGUAAACAAGUAAUAAAGAAUGCCUGCAGUUUGCAAGAAAUGUGGAGAAAGAGGUAUCCUAAAAAGACCUAAAACAGGCGAAGCGUUUUGCAAGGAGUGCUUCUUUGCUGUGUUUGAAAGUGAAAUUCACGAGACCAUUACUAAAAGUAAACUGUUCAAAAGAGGCGAACUAGUGGCCAUUGGAGCUUCGGGAGGAAAAGAUUCAACAGUGUUGGCCUAUGUUUUGAAAACAUUAAAUGCCAGAUAUGAUUAUGGACUGGAAUUGAUUCUGUUGUCUGUUGAUGAAGGGAUAACAGGCUACAGAGAUGAUUCUUUGGAGACAGUAAAACGAAACAAAGAACAAUACCAGUUGCCUCUUAAAGUUGUUUCAUAUAAGGAACUUUAUGGCUGGACAAUGGAUGAAAUUGUUAAACAAAUUGGACUGAAGAAUAAUUGCACAUUUUGUGGCGUAUUCCGAAGGCAGGCGUUGGAUCGAGGAGCAAUGUUGUUGAAAGUUGACAAAAUUGUUACUGGUCAUAAUGCAGAUGAUAUUGCUGAAACAGUGAUUAUGAACAUUUUACGAGGCGAUAUUGCAAGAUUACAAAGAUGCACAGCUAUUACAACGGGUACAGAAGGUGCAAUACCGAGAUGCAAGCCUUUGAAAUAUGCAUAUGAAAAGGAAAUUGUAAUGUAUGCAUAUUUUAAGAAACUGGAUUACUUUUCAACUGAAUGCAUAUAUUCUCCUAAUGCAUACAGAGGCUAUGCUCGAACAUAUUUAAAAGACUUGGAGAAAAUUAGACCAAGUUCCAUUAUAGACAUCAUACAUUCUGGAGAGAGUUUGUCCGUGAAGAGUGAAGUGAAGAUGCCAGUUCAAGGAAAUUGUACAAAGUGUGGCUACAUCUCAAGCCAGCCUCUGUGUAAAGCCUGUGUCUUACUAGAAGGAUUGAACAGAGGUUUGCCAAGGUUGGGAAUUGGAAAAAGUAACAAAGCAAAGUUGGAUGAUUUGAUGAAAUCGAUGUCAACGGAAGUGAAGACAACAGAUAAAGACACUGCAGAUAAGACUGACAAACCAACAGUUGGACAGAAAUUAACUACGUGAAAGAUUUUUAACAACUUCAUGCAUAAAAGGAGCUGGACAGUAUGAAAUGAAAUGUAAAGAGUUCGUGGAGUCACAAAGUUGACAAGAAUUUUAAAGGUAAAAAUAUUGAAAAAAUGUCUGUGCAUGUACACUGUGCGUGCAUGAGCAUUUAAUAUACCUCUUGUAAAAUUUGGAUUUUACCAUCCUUUGUACAAAACGUGAUAAUUAAAUCCCCUUUAAGACAACCAAAUAUUUACUAUACAUUUCAUGUAUAAAUAAAUUAUUCAACAAAAAUCUCUUGGUCCUUAUUAAAUAACGAAGAAUUUUGGUAAACACUGGUAAAUAUCCUCUCUCGAAGCGAUGCAAAGGAGUCGGAAAAGUCUAUUGUUUACAAAGCGCUGUUGAGUGACGGUUGGAUUAACACCAACAUAUUUUUUGCCGGAUUAACAAUAAUUGUGUAACAACCAUUCAAUUCGGGUGUUCAAGAUCCCUUAAGUGCCUUGUAAAUAUUAUUAUUCAAUUUCUUUGUAAAUCAGUUUCAUGCUAAUUCCAUGUCGAUACAUCAUGUUUGCAAACAUCAGAAAAUUGACGAGAGUUCUUAUGUAAAUUAAGGUUUUAUUGAGCAUUGUACGAUGUCUGCAAAUGUUGUCGUUAAAAAAAAUCGAUAAAAAAGUCAAUAGUGGUAGCUCAGGGUAUCGGUCUCAAAUCUUUAGGUAGACGCGUAAAAAUCUUGAAAGCAAAAAAUUCUGGCACACGUCUUAUGCUCUGGCAUACGCUCGCAAAAAGUGUCGUUUUUGUACCAGGUCGUAGCGGAAAACUCGCUAAAUUCCACAAUGAUUACUGGAUGUUAAUUGGUAAAACACGAACAAGUCUCUCCAAAUCAACACCUUUAAGUUUGGAACGAGUCUCUAACAAGCUGUCGAUGACUUGUGAAGAAGAUGAGAUAAGUUGUGAUCGCACAGAUCUUGUAAAUUAAUACUGAGUAUCGGGCAUCUCUACCGCCCACGAUUCCUGUAUAUGAGCCGAUUUUAAAAAACAAAAACAUCGCGGGCAAUUAUAAAUCUAUUUCAAAGCGUCUUUGCUGAAUUCUUUGCACUUUGUAACAUUUGAAUAAUUUGUAAAAACACUCCUACAAAUUGAGACGUUGACCUCAUUACAUGGAUGGAUAAUGUCUGAUAUAAUUGUAACCAGCAUUCGCCUCAAUAAUAUGUACUUGAACGUCUAUAAUUUCUAAUCUUAGAUAUGUAAUAUAAAUUCACCACACGCCAGAGAUAAUCGACCAUCAAUAUCUAUCGAAAAUUCUUCGCUUCACCGGAUGAUGGUCAACCGAUCGAAAAUUUUUGACACUUACAUUAGGGCUAAAGAAGUGGCACUAAAUAGGCUCAAAAAUAACAUUGUUUAACUUUAAUUAAAUAAAUUAUU